AUGGUGCUAGGAUUCAUUGGGGCCCUGGGGCUGUGGUUUCUACGCAGCCAUCUCGGAGGCAAGGCUCUGGAUGCCGUCAAAGACCAGGUGGAGGAGGCGUGUCCCCUAGAACCGGUGGAGGUAGAAGAGCUAAGGUGCUCCAACGACUUCCCUCCAGACGUGUUCGGGAAGGUCUUGGACAGCGUACGAAGGGCCUUUCCAUCCGGGAGAGCUACCUACCCGGAGUUCGCGCGCCACGUAACGUCGAGCGGGCUGUUGCCGGAGCCGCUGUCGAUGGGGUUUCUACUGGAUAGGAUGGCGCUGACAGCCGCCGCCCACCCCGGGAUUCUAGGCGCUGCGGCGAGGGGAGAGACUCCACACUCCGGUGGUAGCUCGGGCGAAGGGGGGGUGGGGGGGUGGGCCAGCAGUAGUGCGGAUGCGGUGGAGUUGGAGAUAGAGUUUCUUAUGGUGGCGUUUUCGGCCGCUGUAAACACAAGACCAGCGGAGCGUAUGCGGCAGCUGUGGGAUAUGGCGCAAGGGCGGUCUAUGGGGGCAGCGGACGGGGGGCGGGACCAGGACACGGGCGAAGGGGCGCUCCUACCGGCAUCAAAGGCAAUCGCGUUGGUCGGAAUGCUCAUGGCCUCCCACCAGCUCCCGUCGGGAAGGUACGCCGUGAAGGACGAGAGUCGAGUCUGGCCCGUGCAGCAGUACCGGCUAGCCUCCGGGAGAGACGCGUUCCUCGAGGGCCUCCUGUCCCUCCACGAGGACGAGGAGAAAAGGACCAAGGGAUGGAUAGAGCGGAAGCUAGCGCCGGCGUACGACCCAGCGAAUGAGGAGCAAAUAUCGUUCGAGCUGUUCGAGCGAGUUUUGAGGAGCGGUCCGGUGUGUGCAUGGGGGGAGUGCCUUGGCAUCCGAAACCGCGACAAGCUCUGA